GAUAUUAAAGCUUUAAAUUUACACUAUUGUACUCAUCCGAAUUGUCCAUUUAAAAGAAUUUGCUAUAAUUACGGAUACCAAGACCCAGACAAUUGUCAUUUGUGUAAAUGUAUUGAUGGAUUUAUGGGUGCACAAUGUGAACAGUUUAAAAAAAGACAAAGAAAAUGUUCUAAAGAAUUAAUACUUCCAGAUCGUAUGCCCAGAUAUUUUAUAUUACAGGGAAAAAAAAAAUGUGUUAUGCAUUUUGUAGUAAACAGAACUAGUAAAAUAAGAUUUGUUAUUAUUAAAGUGCAUAUGCUUCCCAAUACUUAUCCAACUUGUCAAUAUGAAAACACUAUAGAAGUAAAAUAUUGGAUGGAUAAAUCUGUAACAGGAGCAAGAUUUUGUCGUCAAACAGACAGUAAAAUAAUUUUAUCACAUAACAAUCAUAUAAUUUAUCAUUACAGAAGUACACAAGAAAACAAUUUUGCUAAAAUAUAUUAUAGUGAAAUAUAUUAA